CCUACAGCCCUCAGCAGGCAUCAUGCAAUGUGUGGAUUUAAGGAAUCUCUUUGCCGUAGCCCAAUUCAUAAAGGCCAGAUGUGACCAUGGCCUGAAAGCUGGGCUCACCGAGAAUAAGAAUUAUGUCUUUUUUGAGGUGGAGAUCCUGGACCUCAAGAGCAAGGCACAACUCUGCUACCUGGAUAAGGUGGAGCCCAACGCCACCAUUGCAGAGAUCAAGACAUUGUUGCACAAAAUUUACCCCAAGUUUUAUCCAUCAAGACAGGCACUGAAGCUGCAUCCAGAGGGAAAGGCCCUCAGUGAUGAUGAUGUGCUGGAGGAUCUACCGGUUGGCACGACCGCAACAAUGUUCUUCCAGGACCUCGGCCCACAGUUAGGCUGGACUAUGGUAUUUCUGGCAGAGUGUCUUGGGCCGCUUUUCAUUUACCUGCUGUUCUACUAUCGGCUUCCAUACAUCUACGGGCACGAGUAUGACUACACCCAAAGUCCAUUUAAAGUUGUCAAGCUGGCUUGUUGGUGCCACUCUCUUCAUUACAUUAAGAGGCUUGUGGAAACUAUUUUUAUCCAUCGCUUUUCUGACGGAACAUUACCUUUACGCACCAUCAUGCUGCUCUGUCUGUAUUACUGGGGAUUUGCAGCAUGGCAGGCAUAUUACAUCAACCAUCCUCUCUACACCCCACCAACUUAUGGGAGACUUCAGAUCUACUCUGCACUGGCAAUGUUUUUGGUCUGUGAGUUUGGAAAUUUCUCAGUUCAUCUGAUUUUGAAUCGAAUCAGCUGUAAUGGGUCCAGGCCUAAAGAGAUUCCUUAUCCCACAAAUAAUCCAUUCACUUGGCUCUUUUUCUUUGUGUCCUGCCCAAACUACACAUAUGAGGUGGGAUCAUGGAUCAGCUUCACAGCAAUGACACAAUGUGUUCCAGUGGGAGUUUUCGCAUUUUUGGGUUUUAUUCAGAUGACUAUAUGGGCUCGGGCAAAGCAUAAAACCUACACUGAGCAAUUCAAAGACUAUCCUGACCUGAGAACAGCCAUCAUUCCACUCUUCUUCUAGAUCGAUUGGAUGGAUGAUGAACCUACACACACUUUUCUCAUUGGAUGCGUCACCAAACAUCAUAUUAUAAGCAAGAAAAUAAGUGUUUCUCUGUCAGACCUUGUGAUUUAUUCAGACACAGUUAAGAUUGUGAUAGUGUCUGAAGUGUGAAAUGGUAAUUACUAUUAAUUACAUUAAUUAUGAAGAGAGUCUUACUGAGAAUAGAUUGAGGCUGUCCUGCAAGUUUGAGGAAGAUAAAAUAACAGAAACUUCUUGCAAAAAGGAGAGGGGGGGGGGGGGGUUUAAGGGAGGUGUAUUCUUUGGCAAACUUAAACAUUUGCUUGACAUCAAAGAGUGUAAGUUGAGUCCCAAAUGUGAAGGUCUGCAGACCACCAAGCAGAAAAAGUGUACAAUGUGAUUUUAUUGAUGUUGAUUGUUCAUUUUUGUAUUCCAUUAAAACAUUUUGCAGAACAUAUCAGUGUUUGUGUCAUAAAGAAAAUGUUACUGAAGAUUUUAUUUCCCAGAAAUAAGUGAUCGUCAGUUUCCAAAUGUCAGUAUUUUCAAGACAUGGUAAAACAAACUUAUAGAAUAGUGUUUUGUCAUUGAAAGCUGUAUUAUUGCAUAUUAAAACUAUUUGCUAAUGAAUACAUUUAAACCUUCCCCCAAAAAGCCACAUAUCCUUCCCGAUUGUCAUUGGCUACACCACGAGGUCAAGGUUUGCCUGGUUCGCAUGGUCAAGUUAGCCUGUUGUCAUAAUUACAUCAUCGUGUAUUCACCUUCACUCUAUGCAAAAAUAUCAAAAAAAAAAAAAACACCUGCAAGCCAAGCAUUAUACAACGUGAGCGCCAGCCAGCUGACCCUGAAAAAUAGUAACAAUAAAAAGUAACUUUGAUGGAAAAAUGCAGUGAUGCUGCAAAUUUGCAGAAGUUUCAGGUUCAGAUUGUAGAUUUCUAAUUAAUUUGAGUUUAUACUUUUGAUGUUUAAGCAGUACAAAAGUAAUGUAUUAAUGUGUUACAUUAGAAUUAAGCAUUUCAUUGCGUGUGCAUUCACAGGCACUGCUGUAACAGAUGUGCUUUGGUUCAACAUUUCAAAGAUUUGUACAGCAAAACCAGCAAAACUGCAAUUGCAAGAAAGAAAAACACUAAUAUUUACAAAUGUAUAAACAUAGUAAACACAUUUCAAAUUGCAUGGAAGUUUUGUAUGUGGAAACUGAAUAUUUUUUAAGUUUUAUACAAAUAUUUUUACUGUGCUGCAUCAAAUCACCAGUAAUAAAG